CCCUCCUCGUUCCUCCAGCAUGCAGAGUUUUCCGUCCUGUGUCGGGAUAACAUCGUAAACGAGGACCACCUGACGGUAAGACCGGUCCAAAUGGAAGCAGCGGAGGAAACUCUCACUUACCGAGAUGACACCCUACUUCACAGGAAGCUGCUCCCAGAGGACAAGCAUAAGGACAACACGCGCAGUAAGGGCCACGCCAAAGAGACAAAAAGCGACGAGUCCAACUAUGUGGACCUGGACAUGAAACCGGACGGCGCAAAAACAGUGAAAGUUUCUUUCACUGGCGAGGGAAACCAGCUGUCUGUUUCCAAAUGCGAUAGUUCAAAGCAGGGAGAUCAUGACGAGGAGGGUAAAAUGAUUUCAAAGUACAUUGUUGAAGAGCAGUUAGAGGACAAGCAGGCCACCUUCCCCGGGCCUGUUUCGGGUGAGCCUCCUUUGGAAACUCUGACCAAACGUCCCAACGCCGAUCAGGACUUGGAGAAUGAGAAGCAGCGCCAGGCCGAGCUCGACCCGAGCGACUGCAGUGAACAUGUAUGCAGUGAGAGUGAUGAGCUCCAAUACACGGACAUGUAUCUGAACAGCAAGACGGAGUCUGAUGAUGGUGCCAGUGCGGUGCUGUCCGACCACUGCGGCUCCGACACCGUGGAGGACGAGUCUCACUAUAUCACCACGCACGAAAUCCAGCUGACCGAGCUCGAUCACGACGUAGAUUAUGAUCUGGGGAGAGGGACCUGUUGGGAUCUUGAAGACGACAACCUGGUGUAUUCCUUUGUGGAUUACGCAUCGUUUGAAAGCGAUGAAACGCAGGAGGGGACUUUGAUACUUGAGGGCAGGAGCCAGGCGAAAGUGCAGGCUAAUCUUGGUGGAGCAGUUGUCAGCACCGAGCAGGAGGACAGUGAUCUUUGUGACUCGGACAAAUGUGCCAGUUCAGAUGAAAGCGUGUGCAAAAGCUACAGCGGAGAAGCUAAUGCGGGGAAAAUUCAUUUAUCAAUAAAAGCAUCCUCCAGGGCGGUAAAUGAACCUGUCAAUUUCUUUGAUAACAGCACCUGUGGGUACACAAAACACUUUGGAGACGGGAGCCACGUCUCUUUUGUGAGCUCUGGCUCCAGAGUGGGGCCCUUGUGCGACAGAGCCCAAUACUUCAUCCCUGCUCCGGGCCGUCAGCACCUUGCAUCCAAACUAAGACGGAAAGAUAUUAAUGAGUAUUCCAGCGGAGCGUCCAGCUCCAUUAGUGAGCUGGACGACGCUGACAAAGAGGUGCGUAAUUUAACCGCCAAGUCUUUCCGGAGCUUGGCAUGUCCAUACUUCGAUGCCAUUAAUCUUAGUACCUCUAGUGAGUCCUCUAUGUCUGAGUAUGGGCUAAAUAAGUGGUCAGCUUAUGUGGACUGGAAUUAUGGAAACAUAUCGCGGGGAAGAGAGCGGAGCGUAAUUGCGCACAAGACUUCCAGCGCAACUUGGGAAAUGAAUAAGACUGUGGAGAAUAAGAGGCAUGGUAAGUCUAUUACCGGCAUGAAAGCUCCACAAACCAAAAUGUACGCACUGCACAAGAGAACAUCUUCUCAACAAUCAUCCUCUUCUAGCAAAAAGAUCGAACUGAAAGAUCCUGUUCAGUCAAAGCAGCAUGGAGUCACGCUGAAUUUCCGCUAUAAUGUUGAAGCGCCUGAAGGCGCCAGACGUCCAAAAUCUUCCAAGAAAGCACAAUCCGAUAAGGUUACUGGGGCUGUGUUGGCCAGGUCAGGGUGUGAGAUGCAAUGUCAUCACACAGAUAGCAUGGAGGAUACACACAAAAGAGCAGUUUUUGCAUCAAGUCUAUUGAAAAAUGUGAUUUCCAAAAAGAUGCAGUUUGAACAGGAGCGCAAAAUGGAGAGGGGUGAAAUUUGUGACACAUACCCAGCUCUAUCCCCGACUUUUCACCUCAAAGAUCAAGAUGGUAUGAAAGACAUUAGUCAAGGAAAAGGCUUACAAAGACAGACAUCAGAAUCAGGUUCAGGUUAUAAUUCUGCUGAUGAUCAAUGCCUGGUGGGCAGCGGACCCGCUUACUGUGAGUCUGCAGGGGAGCAGAAAAGCAGCAAAGAUGAUUCAGAAAAGGGACAACAGGAGCCUCCAAAAGCAUCCCUCAGCCACAGUCAAAGUAGUGCAUUUAAUUUACUGAAACAAGAUGAGCCAGAACCUGUAAAUGAACCAUCUGUAACUGACACGCAGACCACAGCAAAAGGAUUAGACACAAGCAGCAUGCUGACAAGACUGCUUUUUGUUCCAAGCUGCCAGCUCCUUUCAAAAGAGAAGGAUUUUACCAAAGACUUGCAAAGCUGUGCACCUGUCACAGGCGGACCUGCUGGCCCACAGAAAUGCGAAAAAGAGUUUCAAACGGGCAAUAAUGGAAACAUAGUAGGCAAAGAAGAAAACGAGAAGGGGGGAAAAACCCCUGAGAUAAAAAUAUGCCUGAGGAGUGUGAAGGAAGAUAAAGGCUGUACCCUGAAUAUUGCCAACCUGUUAACCCCUAAACUAAGUUUCAACACUGUGAACACAUUCAGAACAGCAGGUGAAGCCAAAUGUCACGUUUUGUCUGCUUCAGAUAAAAUCCCAAACUUCACAGUUAGAGACAUAAGAGACACCAAAUGCAAGUUUCAAACCCCAAUAUAUCAGGUCAGAGAUGUCCGUAAAUUGGUAAAAAGUUCAUAUCGCUUUGUUUCAUUGGAAAAUAGUGAGAGUAAAUGUUCCACAGCAGCUGAUAAACUUGAGGCCACAAAGGAGCCAGUUAAGCAUGUAUCACCAUCUCCUAUUGUGAUUAAAUGUCACUCUGUAAAAACAAAUGUUAAACAACAGACAACUGAGGUGUUACAGACACAAGCCGAGAAAGGCAUCUCAUCUAAAACAUCUCAAAGUGAAAAUACACCAUCGCAUAGCACGGCCAGUACGGUGCCAAUUGUUGUAUCAAAGCAGCUUCCCCCUGACCAGUCAGAAAUUCAGCCAAAUAUUGAAACCAAACUGACAAAACAGAGGCAGGAAAAAUUUGCAUGUGAGACGGCUGAAAGGCGAAACGAGCCCAAAAUACCAAAACAGGCCGCGUUAGAGAAGCUUAAAGCUGCAGUCAAAACAAUGGAGCAGCUUUAUGUUUUUGAUAGAAAUGAAUGGAAGCGUAAAACUCAUGCUCCACAACCAAUCACAGAUAGCCAUGUGUUGUCGCUUAUUGCCAGUGAGGAGCAGGGGGCAGAGGAGCUUGAGACAACAAACACUGACAGGAUUCCUCAGUCACAGGAAGAUAAAGGAUCUCUGAAUAUCAUACAUGUUCCAUAUAACCAUAACACGUUUCAAACACAAUCACAGCAAAGUAAAACAUUUAGUAACAAACACAUCCUUCAUUUUGGCAAUAAGGCACGUAUCAGCAUUAGUUCAGAUAGUAACCCUAUUCCACAAAGCUCUGUGCCGCAAACAUCAACUAUGAAAAGCUCCAAGACACCAGUGGCUCCACUGUCGGUGAAAAUAGAGCCCCCAAAACACAGCCAGGUGGAGCCGGGAAAGGUCAAAAUCAUUCCCACUAAUCCCAGUGUCGCACAGGCCUGCUCAGACUCUGAGAACUAUUUAACCAUACCGGGGCUGGGGUACACAAAUGAAAUCAAACUGCUGAAUCAAGAGCCUGUUUUGAGGGAGGUGAGUUCAAACAAUAGCCAAAUCAAAACAGUUGACAGGCAGACACCUGAGCAAAAAAGAUUUCCGUUAAUCAUGGAGUACCCGGCUUCAAGCAUCUACCACUCGGGGCCAACAACUGGGCCUCAAGCACAGCAGCAGGUGUUGUGUUUCUCUCCAUCUGUCCCGCCUGUGUCACCCACACCUUCUACUGGAGAGGCAGUCCCACAAACCCAGCGCAAGAUGCUUUUGGACCCCACUACAGGCCAUUAUUACCUGGUUGACACGCCCAUACAGGCCGCCACAAAGAGACUAUUUGACCCUGAGACAGGCCAGUAUGUGGAUGUACCCAUGCCCCAUUCUCCCGUGGCACCUGUCACCCCUGUGCCUGUCUCUUUGUCCCCCCUGGCCCUGAGCCCAGGAGCAUACGCCCCCACCUACAUGAUCUACCCAGGCUUCAUCCCCUCGCCCACUCUGUCAGCCCAGGCGGUGUUGCCACAGUCACCGUGUCACUCUGAGGAUGCAGGUGGAGAAAAGGUAAAAAAUGCCAGAAGCCCGAAGCCGGAAACGAAUGCAGCAGGAGCAGAGAAUGUGUAUUACAGUGCAAAAGGUGAGGCUCCACAAGGACCACUGCAGCUUCCUGUAAGUUUGGGACAUGUGAGCGCCAGAGGAGGUGCAGCGACCUCUGACAGGAAGCCAGUUAUCAGCAUCACAACGCAACAAGGUCCAAGAAUCAUUGCACCACCCUCCUUUGAUGGAACAACAAUGAGCUUUGUAGUGGAGCAUCGGUGACCAAGGCAACAUCUCAUCAUACAUACAUCUCCACCGAAGAAUCUGCCUUCAUUCACCGUAAGUGCAGUUUUCACCUGUGAUCUACCCCGGAGGGCAACUUUCACCAACAACAAUAUUUUUUAUCCCCACUCUGUUGUGUUGUUUAUCCUUGCAGCAGACAUUACUGUAAUCCCUAUGCAUUGCAGCACUUUGUAGGGUAUACGCAUUAAGCCACGUCCUCUGGCUGAUGCUCUGCCAUGUUGCUAUAUGAAGCUGCUUUGUAAUACUUUCCAUUCAGCUGCUGUCUAGAACUUUUGAAAUGCUGUUUGGGCCCUGCAACAUGUCUAUUCAAAAGGAAACAAAGCAGGCAUUUCAUUACAGUUCAGUGUUAGUCAUUAUUUGCUAAGCCAUUAUUUUAUUAUUAUGAAUUUAAUGUCAUUAAAUGUCUUUAAAGCGAGUCUAUGUAACUUUUGAAAGGAAAAACAUCUUUAUUUUACAAAUAAAAAGUUGAAUUUAUAAGCAAUAAAGAAUAACCUUGCUGAACUCAAUAGACUCAGGGGAUUUGAUGCUACAACCUCUCUUGUUUUGGUUUGACCAUGUUACAUUAGCUAAUGUUGGCAAACUUGAUAUAUAUUACUGUGUAACUGACAUUAAUGAGUCAGUUUACUGACCUUAUGUCUCCAGUUGUGCUACUGUUACACACUAUUUUAGGAUGUCAUGGAUUAAAGGUCCCAUGACAUUCUGCAUUUUGGAUGCUUUUAUAUAGACCUUAGUAAUACUAAGUACUAGUACUAAUACUGUAUCUGAAGUCACUUUUCCAAAAUUUUGCCUUGGUG